AUGGCUGAUGGUUAUACUAAUAAUAAUACAAUACCAAAACGAAAAGAAAAUGUUCGCGUUUUUGUUCGUCGUCGUCGACGUACAACUCGUCAACGAAAACGUACAUUUCUUCAUUCAUCUUCAUCUAGUAAUUCACAUGAAACAAUACCAUCAUCACCAAAUAAUCUAGAAGAAUUAGUUACAUUAAUAUCACAAGAAAUUAAUAAUAAACAAGACAAAUCUCAGAAAAAUAAAAAUAUUAUUGUUGUUAAUUAUAAACCUGUUUUUAUUAAUUCUAAUCAACAAAAACAACCACCAUCUUCUUCACCUACAAAAGUAUCAUCUUCUAUACCAAUAUCAAAACCAAAAUUAAUUCCUACGGAUGAUGAUUUUUCAUCUGCAACACAUUAUAGUCGACGACAUAGUUUAACAACAACAAGUUCUGAUGGUUCACCUUUACGUUCAACAACUAAUCGUCCACAACAACAACAGCAACAAUCGGCUUCACUUGAUGUACCUGAUGUUGAAGAUCCAUUAAUGUUUAUUGAAAUGAUGUAUCAACAACUAUUUACUGAAGAUGGUCGAUUACGUAAUGGAACUGAAUCAACUGCACUUGCAGAUUGUGUUAAACAAAUAGUACGAAAUUCAAGACGAAAUUCUAUAUCAUCAUCUAUUGCUAAUGGAACUGCAUCACCACACUCGAAACAUAAUCAUCAUUUAAAUAUAAAUCAUCAACAACAAAAAUUUUCAUCACCUUUAUAUAAUCAUAGAACACCAUCGAAAUCUCAAUCAUUGUCUUCCUCACCUCAUUUAAUUCCUAAUGGAGAGUAUAACUCAACAACCGAAGAAGAAGAAGAAGAAGAACCAGAAGAAGAAAAAGAUGACGAUGACGAUGAAGAAGAAGAAGAGGAACCUAAUACUUUAGUGCAAGUGAAUAAUCAACGACCAGUAAUAAUUAUGAAUACUGAUACUACUAAAAAUUCUGAACAAUUAAAAAUUGAUAAUUAUUCUCAAAUUCAUGCAUUUCUUAAUUCAUGUCAACAAAAACAAAUAACAAUAAAUCGACCCACAACAGCAACAACAACAAGUAAUGGUUUUCGUUUUUCAAUCGACGAUACCGACAAUGAAGAUUUUGAUACAUUUUCCGAUUUAAAUUCCAUACGUUUUAAUACAAAAACAAUUGGAACAUCACCAAGUAUCGAUGAAGAUUUAACACAUACAGAUUCAAGAUUUCUAUCUUCAUCGGGUUAUCAUUCAUUAGAUCGUUCGACUCGAUUUUUAAAACAACAAAAAUUAAUUCUAUCAAAAUCUCAUUCAGAAAAUGAUUUAUUUCAUUCAAUGUAUAAAACAAAUAUUCAAACGCGAUGUAUUCAUUAUUGUCCAGAUUGUAUACAUCCACCCAUAAUAACUGUGAUACCACCACUUACAUCAACAUCAUUAAGUAUUAUUCGACGAAUACAACAACCCAUUGGCGAUAUGAUAAUGAAAUAUUUAAAUUUUAUUCUUGUCUCAAAAAAUGUGCUUCUUCUACCUUUAUUUAUUUUUCUUUUACGUCAACGAUCAAUUCAUGUAGGAAAUUAA